GCAUUUGCGCACAGCCAGCACAAGCCCAAGCUCACACAUGUGGUGGCGUCUCUUCCUCGUUCUCGGCGCGGCCAUGGCCGAGGUGCAGGACGCGCCGACCAAGUCGGGCGUCAAGACGUGGGUCGACGUCGAGACCCCCGAGUGGGCCAUGACCAAGAUGACGUCGCGCGGCCACGAGUACGACCUUGUCAUGUCGGACGAAUUCAACAACGAGAACCGCAACUUUACCGCCGGCAUGGACCACCUCUGGACCGCGCUCAACCUGCCGGACGGCGUCAACAGCGCGAUAGGGUACUAUAGCCCCCGCAACACGUACACGUCCAACGGCAAGUUUCUCAUCCGCGUCGACGAAGGCACCGUGCCCAUCCAAUAUUGGGACCAAUACUCGGCCACGCCCGGCUGGGUCAACAAGAACAUGUAUUACACGGGCGCGAUGGUCCAGACAUGGAACAAGUUUUGCCUCCAAGGCGGCCUCAUCGAGGUGCGCCUCCAGCUGCCAGGCGCGCUGGACGCGGCGUCCGGCAACCCCAAGUACCCGCCGUACCAGCGCCUCGUCGAGAGCGACCGCGGGUUCUACCCGACGUGGCCCGGUAUCUGGCUCAUGGGCAACCUCGGGCGCGCGCUCUUUAGCGCCUCGACGCGGCGCAUGUGGCCGUGGACGUACAACGAGUGCGAUCCACGCUACAAGGACAUGCAGCGCAUCUCGGCGUGCAAUGCGACGCCGGGCCACGGCCUCAACCCGUUCCAGGGCCGCGGGUCGCCCGAGAUUGACAUCCUCGAGGGCGGCGGCAACGAAAUCUCGUCGUCGAUCCAGAUUGGCCCUGGCAUGCCGUUUGACUACCGUCUCUACAACGCCGACGACGGCGGCUGCUUUUACGACAAAAAGUGCAAGUACACGGGCGCCAACAUGGCCAACGUGCCGUCCGCCGCCUUCAAGCGCCAGCACUGGUACCAAGGGCUUCGGUACGCGGCCAACAACAAGUGCGCGCCCAACGCCUCGUAUGGCCAGCAGUUUAACUCGGUGUACCAGUCGGUGAUGGCCAAGAAGAUCACGACCAACACGUGCUUUUCGUCCCCCGGCGACCAGCAGGUGAUUCCUGCGUCCUGCGACGUCAACGGCGACCUCGGGCUCAUCGACGGCGUCGGCCCGACUCACUGGGGCGUGAACGAGAAGAGCACGUGCUUUGCACAGGCGAAUGGCUACAAGGGCGUCUACCUCUGCGACCCGGACAACCAGUACUACCGCUGCGAGUUCGCACGCCCGGACGGCCGCGCCAAGACUAACCAGAUGACCCCGUUCAACUAUCAAAUGGACGCGCUCUCAGCCAAUUGGUUUACGACCCAAGAGGCGUACCGCGGCUACAUGAACUACUCGCUCGAGUGGGUGCUCGGACCCAACGGCCACAUUCGGUGGGCGCUCGACGACCAAGUGCUUUUCGAGAUCCCGUCGCAGUCGAUCCUCAACGUGCCGCAGGGCGGGAACGAGACCAACCCAAUCAAGCUCCCGAUCGAAGAGCCUAUGUACCUCAUCUUCAACGUGGCAACGGCACCGGCGUGGGGGACCAUGCCUCCGAACGCCGGGUACGGGCCGUGCCGCGGCAACCAAACGGACCCGGGCUGGCUCUGGAAAAACAAAACCAACCGCGCGACGGUCGUGGCCGAGACCAAGAUCUGCGACUCGUUUCCGAUGUAUCUAAGCGUUGACUACAUUCGCGUGUGGCAAGACCUCCGCGGCAACGAAGAGAAUGCGAGCCACAUUGGCUGCGACCCCGCGAGCCACCCGACGAGCCAAUGGAUCCUCGACAAUAUCGGCGAGUACUCGGACGCCAACAACUCGGUCAUCGACGUGGCCGGUGGCGCGACCUGCAACUCGGACGACGACUGCACGCGUGCGUCCAUGAUGACGGGCAUCUGCGUCAAGAACCGGUGCCAGUGCACGACGCUCUGGGGCGGUCCUCGGUGCACGUGGGUCGUCGACAUCGAGCCCAACUGGGCGUACCGGGCGCAGGCCUCGGCCAAGGGCUUUGGCCCGACCGUGCCGAUCACCGUCUCGCUCCUCGCGCUCGUGCUCGUUUCGAUCGCGUUCAUCCAGUACCGCCAGUCCAAGGGCCACUUUAUGUUUUUCGGCAAGGUCCGCGGUCCGCCGACGCCCGUGACGCGCGCGUCGUCGGUCGCCAACGACGACGUCAUGGCGACCGAGGACCGGGCCCGCGCCUUGCUCAACCAGAGCUCGCUCGAGAAUGCGUCCUUUAUGGACAGCCACGGCCACGUCUUCGACAGCAACCACGGCAUGGACAUUGGCCACACGCGCUACGAGCUCGAGACGACGCCGAGCGAGGGCCACCACGUGCGCUUCACCGACAAGGCGUUUGCGAUCGAUGCGAACGGCCGCAAGACGGCGCCCAGUACCUUGAUGUAGAGACGCCGGAGUAGAGAUCAUAAAUCACACAAAUGAAUAGGAUGGAAUAGAAGAUGA